GAAAGUGGCAGAGCCGAUGUGUGGCUGAAGACAGCAGCCACUUACAGAAACGCUUGCAUCCUUGCCAGUUGCCAGCCUAAGGAGCAUCACGUGGCCAUGGAAAUUCAAGUGUUUCUAUCCCACAGCCCAUCUCCGGGAGGCGGAUUAUAUCUCUGGGCAAUAGCAGCCAAUGUUCCAGUUUCAUAUUUUUAUUGGCAUCGUAAACAAACAAGCGGGAGAACUAUCUGGGAGGUUGUGUGCGGCAGCCAGCACAAUUCAUAUCGCAUUUCUUUUUGUAGCAACUUAAAGUGAAGAAGUGCUCAGUGGUGUGGCACAUGGCAUAUGGAUGUCCUUACUGAAUUUGGUCAUAUCCACACCUAGAAAAAGCUUGCAGGAUUGGUCUGUCAGUCACCAUCUGCACACGUGGCCAGCCCAGCAUUCCAAUGGACCGUUUUUAGGAAUAAAACACCUUUCCCUGGUGAGCAUUGUCCACUGCCUACUCUCCAGUGAGCACGAGUGAAGUGCACAAAGCGUUCCUCUCCGAAAUGUGGACAUACUUUGGGGCCACAGCAAGCAGAUGAGUGCCGAUUAACCACCGAAAACCAUGCCAACAUUGUAACUGUAAGCAGUGAAAACCAAUAUUUAUGAGGGGGAUUGUGCAAGAGUUUGCGUGACAGAUGGACAUUUUAUCACUGUUGAUGUUUGGAAUUCCCUUGAAAAGUAAUGCAAUAUCUUGUUAUUUGCGAAUGAAUGGACAAACGAUUGUGCUUUGCUGAGUUUUCUUUAAAAAGAGAUACAGAUCCACGUGUUUUAGAAAAACAAGAAUUACAGCAGCCAACCUAUGUUGCCCUCAGUUACAUUAAUAGAUUCAUGACUGACGCUGCCCGGCGGGAGCAGGAGUCCCUCAAAAAGAAGAUCCAGCCGAAGCUCUCACUGACCUUGUCCAGCUCCGUGUCUCGGGGGAAUGUGUCCACGCCACCGCGCCACAGCAGUGGAAGCCUUACUCCCCCCGUGACCCCGCCCAUCACGCCCUCCUCUUCAUUCCGCAGCAGCACCCCGACAGGCAGUGAGUACGAUGAGGAGGAGGUGGACUACGAGGAGUCGGACAGCGAUGAGUCCUGGACCACAGAGAGCGCCAUCAGCUCCGAGGCCAUCCUCAGCUCCAUGUGCAUGAACGGAGGGGAGGAGAAGCCUUUUGCCUGCCCAGUUCCUGGAUGUAAAAAGAGAUAUAAGAAUGUGAAUGGCAUAAAGUACCAUGCUAAGAAUGGUCACAGAACACAGAUUCGUGUCCGCAAACCAUUCAAAUGUCGUUGUGGUAAGAGUUACAAGACAGCUCAGGGCCUGCGGCACCACACAAUCAAUUUCCAUCCCCCGGUGUCGGCUGAGAUUAUCAGGAAGAUGCAGCAAUAACAUGCUGGUCAUAACUGUGCCAAGGAAUCCUCACCAGCAGUUGCUGAUUUUGAAAACAGCCACCUUUUUUCAGGGGAAGCAUUCAGCCACCCUUUAAAGAAGUAAAUGCAUGCUUUAAAUUUUUUCUGUAAUUUUGGAAUGAUGUAUCUUUGUAGAGUUAAUGAUUUUGUACAUUUGCACAUGUAAUCAUCAUAUCCAUUUUCAUUACUUUGAUAUAAGGUGCUAAAAAAAAAAAAGCUCUAGGUUCUCAGCACAUUUCCCCCAAAACAAAUAUGGUUGAGGGCAUGUUGCAUAUUGUUCAGUUGUAUUGCAGUGAUAGCAGUUGGGGGAGGAGGGGCGGGCAGAGGUUUGCUUCCCACGCCCCCACCCCCCCCAAGAUUUGUAGUGUGACUGAGGUUUUUUCAACACAUUAACUCACUCUGUUCAAAACCAAAAUAAUACCUUCAUUAUCAAACUGGUUAUCAUGCCUUACAUAAUGGAGUUAGUAUUUGUGAGUAGAAAGACUUUAGGUAAUUGAAAUAUAAAUUAAGAAAGAAUGUUUAACAUAUGCUAAAAAUAUUUUCAUAUUUAAAUAACAUACAUAAAAGGUAUGCUUUUCUGUGUUUUAUAUUAUCUUGCAAGUCUUUAAAAAGCUGAAAAUCUUGCCAUCUGACUUACCAAUUAUUUUAGUGUUAUAAAUGGUGUUUUUGUACAAUAGUCUGUUCAGUUCACUCAUUAAUUUAACACACUUAUUGAGUGCAAGGGAUUCCAUUUAUGUCUAUUGAUACUUGCAGAACAAGAUACCAAUUUAGUGAAAUAUGUUUCCCUGAAAUCUGUUAGGAAACAUUUUGAAAUACAUAUAAAUUUUGUGUAAAAUUUAUUUCUAUCUUCAUCUUUAGGUGAAGCUUUAAAGCACUUUGUAGUUCUCUAUUGCCAACAGAUUUAAUGUUUUAUGUGUUGCCAAUUCUUACAACCACUGCCCUAACAAACCUGUGGGUUACAAAUAAGAAAAUUCCAAGCAUGGUUCAAAGGGGAACAUUUUUGUUUAGGCCCCUACUGCCUCCUCUUCAUGUUCGUUGUUUUUAGACUUUAAAGGCACUUUUCCUAUCACAUUGUAGAUGUCUGUGUUCCACUUGAAACGUCUGUUUAGCUUUAUAAAACAAUUUGCCGAAAUGAAGUUGAGCCUUAUUGAGAAUUAAGUGCUUUCUUGCAGCAGGUGGUCAAAGAAUGACUAAUAUAUGACCCAUUAGAAUAACUCUACGUCUGGACCAUUCCUGAUGUUUUUCUCACCAACAAUACUAUCAUGCCUUGAGUGUUCUUUUCUCCCAAGUGCUAUUCCUUGAACAUGAGUUUACCAGUUGCUUAAUUAUGCAAUAAAAAUUGCUUUGAGGUGGCCAACUGCUCACAAAACUGGUAAAACGCAAACUUGCAUUGCUUAUAAAAUAACUUUCUUCCCAUGUUUCUGUUAGCCAGAUGAGUAAGCUUCUAUAUUCUUAAGUUGUGAAUCCCUCAUAAUGAGGGAUUUUUAAGUAUUUAUAAAGACACUGCCCUUUAAAAAUUUCCUCAGAUCUCUGAAGCAUGGUCUUGGUCCUGAUAUACAGUGCUAUUCUGUAUGUUGAAAAGGGUGAUCUAGACAGAAAAAGCCAUUAGUUGGUACAUAAGAAGGCCCUACUGGCUAUUUCACAUUUACCUAUAAUUGACCAAAAAUUUUUUAGGCCAUCAGUUAUUUAGCUUUUGCUCUUUCUAGUGCAAGAAAUUGCAGGCUGGAUCAGCAGUUCAACAGCUAAACAGUCAUAAAAUAGUCAUUGUGCAUGUUAACAUUUCUUUCAACUAUAAAACAAAUUCCAACUUCUACUUGCUUAUUCAUUGUGACAGUAUUACUAAAGGUAAGGAUGGGAAUAUUUUGUUAUACCGUGUAUAGUGAAUGUAUUGUACUGUGUCUGUGAAAACUGUGCUUUAAAUUAUAUUUUCAUAUGUUUUGUUGUUUGGGACAGAGCACAUUAAGUUUGAAAGCGACAGAGGUUUUAGAACUGAAGACAACUUAAUGAAUCAAAAUCCUGUCAAGAAAAGCUGCUUAUAAAUGUAGAUGAAAUUGCAUUUUAAAUAAACUGUCUCUGACCCAAAAUAAACA